AUGGAACAAGGGUGGACAUAUUCCGUGGAUAAUGCGUUGCACUACUUCAAUGUUUCGCGCACGCAAGGCUUGUCUUCGGAAGCGGCAAAAGCUAAGCUAGCAAAAUAUGGUCCUAACGAGCUGAAGGAAGAAGAACCCACUCCUUUGUGGCGCCUAGUGCUCGAGCAGUUCCAAGACCAGCUGGUAAUUAUUCUUCUUGUUUCUGCUUUUGUGUCUCUAGUGUUGGCGCUCGCUGAAAACGAAGGGAGUCUGCUAAAUGCGCUUGUGGAACCUAGUGUCAUUUUCCUGAUCCUAAUUGCCAAUGCCACCGUCGGCGUGUUACAGGAGCGCAAUGCUGACCAAUCCAUUCAGGCACUGCGUGCAUAUUCCCCAGAACAGGCGUUUGUUAUUCGCGAUGGAAAGACGUGUCACAUGGAUGCUCGAGACAUUGUACCUGGCGAUAUCGUGAUUGUGUCGGCCGGUGACCGCGUACCCGCUGAUUGUCGUGUAAUUGAGCUUCGCUCAUCUGUACUCCAAGUGGAUCAAGCUAUUCUCACAGGUGAAUCCGAAAGUGUUUACAAAACUUCGAACAAAGUCGAAGAUGAGAAAGCUGUUAAACAAGACAUGACAAACAUGCUGUUUUGUGGUACGACAAUUGUGAAUGGAGCAUGUUUGGCGCUUGUGUGUCUUACCGGAGAGCAAACGGCUAUCGGAGACAUCCACGCAGAAAUUGGUGAGCAUGAAGAUGCCAAGACACCGCUUCAAGAACGUCUGGACGAAUUUGGUGAUUUGCUUGCUAAGGCUAUUAUGGUGAUUUGUGUAUUGGUUUGGGUCGUGAACAUUCGCCACUUUGGUGAUCCUUCUCACCAUGGCUGGCUGAAUGGUGCAAUCUACUACUUUAAAAUUGCGGUGGCAUUGGCUGUGGCAGCCAUUCCGGAAGGACUCGCUGCAGUCAUCACCGCCUGCCUUGCUCUUGGCACGCAAAAAAUGGCGCGGAAAAAUGCCAUUGUUCGUCAUCUACCAAGCGUCGAGACACUUGGGUCAACCAGUGUUAUUUGCUCCGACAAAACGGGUACACUCACAACCAACGAAAUGAGUGUAACCGCGAUGUAUUUGGUGGGUGACAAUACAGAGUAUCAGGUCACGGGCACAACAUUUGCACCAGAGGGAUCGAUCAUGCUUGAUGGCAACGCAAUGACUGGAUUAAGCCGCCCUGGCAAUGCGGUCCAAGCUUUAGCUGAAACUUGUGCCGUCUGCAACGACGCUACAAUCGUUGUUGACUCGAACGGUCGGCACAAGGCUAUUGGUCAGGCUACCGAAGCGGCAUUGCGUGUGCUUGUGGAAAAAAUAGGUUAUCAUGACCAUGUCCAACAAGCACAUGUGUCGAGCCUCCAGCCAGCGCUUCGAGUCAGUGCAGUAAGUGAUUUGUAUGCUAAGUCGCUUACUCGCCUUGCGACCCUGGACUUUACGCGAGAUCGUAAAAUGAUGUCUACGUUUGUUCGUCGUUCAGCAAAUAAACUUCGCUUACUUGUAAAAGGUGCCCCUGAGUCAGUGUUGCUUUGUUCCACGCAUGUAUACUUGAACGAAAACGAGCGCAUACCUUUAACGGAUGACAUGCGAGUAAGCCUCCAACAGAAACUCGAUGCAUACGGUAAUGAUGGUCUACGUGUAUUAGCUGUGGCUGUGCGUGACGACAUGUCGCUUCCAGACUUGUUUUCACCCCUAGACCCGUCGAAGUACGCUGAAUAUGAACAUGACUUGUCGCUUGUUGGCUUUGUCGGAAUGCGUGAUCCUCCGCGCUCCGAAGUAGCGCAAGCAAUCCGAUCGUGUAUGGAUGCUGGUGUGCGAGUCGUUAUGAUUACAGGUGACAAUCAGCGAACCGCGGAAGCUAUUUGUCGUCAAGUUGGUCUGUUUGGUCCCACAGAGGACAUUGGUGAUCGCUCGUACACAGGUCGUGAAUUUGAUGCCAUGACGCCUGAAGAGAUGUUGUCCAUGUCACGUCGCGUGGUGGUUCUUUCGCGUACGGAACCAUCGCACAAAAGUCGAUUGGUCGACUUGCUGCAGAAGAGCAAUGAAGUGGUAGCCAUGACAGGUGACGGUGUGAACGAUGCACCUGCUCUCAAACGAGCUGAUAUCGGCGUGGCUAUGGGCACAGGUACGGACGUGGCAAGGCUGGCAGCUGAUAUGGUGCUGUCAGACAACAACUUUGCCACAAUUGUGUCGGCGAUUGAGCAGGGACGAAGCAUAUUCAACAACACAUCAUCAUUUAUUCGUUAUCUGAUUUCGUCUAAUAUUGGUGAGGUUGUGAGCAUUUUCCUUACUGUUCUUCUGGGCAUGCCUGAAGGUCUGAUUCCAGUGCAGCUACUGUGGGUCAACCUCGUAACUGAUGGACUACCAGCUACCGCGCUGGGCUUUAAUCCGCCCGAUGGCGCGGUGAUGCAUGUGCCGCCCCGCAAGCGAAAUGACUCACUCGUUUCGCAAUGGAUGCUUGUGCGCUAUAUGAUUAUUGGCGUCUAUAUUGGCGUCGCUACUGUAUUGGGCUAUGCAUGGUGGUUUGUGGCCUACAGUGGUGGCCCACAGAUCAGCGUGUACCAACUCACCCAUUUCCACAAAUGUGAGAGUGAGUUUAAUGAGAUUGGGUGUGGUAUAUUUACAGGGGUCGAGGCUCAACAUGGAUCAACAAUGAGUCUUAGUAUCCUUGUCACAAUUGAAAUGUUGAACGCAUUGAAUGCACUGUCUGACAUGGAUAGUCUGCUGUUCCACACUCCAUUCAAGAAUUUGUGGCUUAUCGGAGCAAUUAUGCUUUCGAUGGCUCUUCACAUGGUAAUCCUGUAUGUGCCGACUUUUCAAACCAUAUUCUCUGUUGUACCUUUAGGCUGGAAUGAAUGGAUGGGAGUUCUCGCACUGUCUGUGCCCGUUUUGGUCAUCGACGAAGCAUUCAAGUGGGCAGCGCGUGGCUGGCUGCCCAAGAGCAAAAAAACCGCAUAG